AUGAGAGGUCGGAUUUUUACUGGGUUCAAAAAUGGCGGACGGUUUUUGACUCUCAACAGUCCAACUCCUGCAAUUCUGGUGGUUGUAGGCCUGCUCGAUGUUGAAAUACUUCUCAUCCGCGAACAGGACCUUCUCUCAUCGCUGAGCUGCGGCGCGACGCUUGAGUUUUCGACAUUUUUUGAGCCGUACUUGCUUGUAGUGUUCCGUGAGGCGCUAGGUCUUUUGGAGCUUGUUAGGCUUGCGCUAUGGUGCAUUACUGGCCAUUCAUCGACCAGCUGUUGUGUUGAUGACGGUCUGCCGGGCAAUCUUUUUCAUGGACACCAUCAGAUUUUGCUUCACUCGCUUUUUGAUGAUCUCAAAGUUGCCAGAAGUGUUCAAGAUGCGCUUUCUUCUAUUUCCUGGACACUUAACAUCGUGGCCAAGCUCGUGGAUUCGUUUGGUGGCUUUUGGCAUAGCAGAUUUUCCUACACCGAGCAGUUUAGCAAUCUCACACUGUCCUUUUUCUUCCCGAGACAGGUUUAAAAUCGAGGUCCCUCUGUUUGACACUCAAUACAAAGAUGAUAAUCAAUCGAUAUGGGCAUGAAAAUCAAAAGACUAGGACAGAAAAACACGGAGAAUUUAAUGGUAUAAAAAAUAUUUCGCUACACCUAAACAUUUUCGCGGCAGGACCCAUGAAAAAAAGUUGCAUUUUUUAUUUAUCACCCUGUAUAAUAUAAUUUUUUCCAGGAAUUCGAAUCCAGAUGCAGCCAGACGGCUAGACUUCACCACGAGGACUCGUUGAAGCCAGAAGAAUGCUCGAUAUCGUCCAAAGUCAAUGCUGCUUUGACCUUCCAACUUUUUCCGGGGCUGAUGUCGCAUCGAAAAGGUGAGAGUUUUGCUGUGCUUUCACGUUUUAGGCCUGGAUGUCUUUGCUCCUUGAGCAAGGCAAUGGGUGUUGCUUCGCAAUGAUGCUAUCUGGAAUGCGGUUGUUUCAUCUUGCGUCACAGCAGACCUAAUAUAUCCGGUGUAAUACAAUUUUUUUAGGCGAUCACUCCCCCGACCGCGAAGUUUGGACUAUGCGAAACAUGUGGGACGUUAUAUGGACGAUAAAGAAGGUCUCGCAGAGGACAAACACUGAGGAAAACAUAAUCAAUUUAUUGUAA